GACGGGGCUGGGCCAGUGGGGCAGGACCGGAAGCCUUAAAGCGGCCUGGUGGAGCUGCGGCUCACUGACCGAGGGCUGCGGGGAGCGUCUGGUCUUGGGGUUCGUGCAGGCCGGGUAGGCGUCGUCAUCACCAUGUCGCUGGCGGCCUCCGCCGGCCGGGGCCUGGGAGCCGCGUGGUCCCCCACCCAUGUGCAAGUGACCGUGCUGCAGGCGCGGGGCCUGCGGGCCAAGGGUCCCGGGGGCACGAGCGACGCGUACGCGGUGAUCCAGGUGGGCAAGGAGAAGUACGCCACCUCGGUGUCCGAGCGCAGCCUGGGCGCGCCUGUGUGGCGCGAAGAGGCCACCUUCGAGCUGCCCCCGCUUCUGUCCUCCGAGGCAGUGCCCGCGGCUGCCGCCACCCUGCAGCUCACCGUGCAGCACCGCGCGCUUCUCGGCCUCGACAAGUUCCUGGGCCGCGCCGAGGUGGACCUGCGAGAGCUGUACCAGGACCAGGGCCGCCGGAAGACUCAGUGGUACACUUUGAAAUCCAAGCCAGGAAAGAAAGAAAAGCCCCGCGGGGAAAUAGAGGUGGACAUCCAGUUCAUGAGGAACAACAUGACGGCCAGCAUGUUUGACUUGUCCGUGAAGGACAAGUCCCGCAACCCGUUUGGAAAGCUGAAGGACAAGAUCAAGGGAAAGAACAAGGAUGGCGCGUUGGACACAGCGUCAGCCAUCGUCCCCAGCUCAACACUCUCAGUUGACAGUGACGAUGAGUCUUUCUCAAAAGACAAGAAAAAGAAAUCAAAGGUCAAGACCUUGUUUUCCAAGUCGAAUUUGCAGAAAACGCCACUUUCCCAGUCCAUGUCUGUCCUGCCGACUUCAAAGCCAGACAAAGUGGUGCUCCAGCCAGGAGACUUCCGGUCCUCGUGGGGGGACGACGACAAGGAUGAGUCCUCCUCCUCUGCCUCGGACAUUGCAUCCCACAGGAGAACAGCAAGUGCAGACGCCAAGCAGCUCAACCAGAUCAACUUCAGCCUCCCCAGGAAGGAAGGCCUCUCCUUUCUUGGGGGCCUGCGGGCCAAGACCGACAGCCUUUCCCGCUCUAACGUCUGCAUCAAUGGGAACCACGUGUAUGUGGAGCAGCCUGAGCCCCGGAGUGAGACCAAAGACAGCAGCCCGGCCUCGUCCCCCUCGCCCCUGGGCUUCAGGAAGAAGCCUGCCUUCUCCUCCACCGAAAACCUGGCUGGCAAGCCUUGGAAGGAGCCAGGGGAGGGGGGCAGCCUGUCUGCUGACGCCUCCACCAAGGACUCACUGAAGUCCAUGACCCUGCCGUCCUACCGACCCCUGGCCAGCGGUGACACUUGGGAAGGCACCACACCAGGGAACUCAGAGGCUGCAAGAGAAACCAAGGACAGCAAGAAGCAGGAGGGCAAGAAGUCUGCCUUGCUUUCUCUGGUGACGGGAAAGAAGGAGGUGGCCAAGGGCAGCGAUCGUGAGCACACAGCGAGUGUCCCAGGGUGGGAGAAGGAAGGCGUGACAUCAGAAGCCCCACCGCAGGAAGAAGUCCUGCAGAGAGGCACUGAGAGAGACACCGCAACCGAUGCCUCCCACGGGGGUCAUUCUCUGAAUCCCUUUGAAGAUGUGCAGAUUUCAGAACCAAAAGCUGGACCUGAGCCCAAGUCUGAACCAAAGCCGCCUGCUCCUUCUGUGAGGCCUACGCAGACCAAAGCUGUCAAGCCUCGACUGGAAGUGUCUUCAGAGGCCCAGCCCAAAGCCAGGCUUCCUUGUUCCCCCGACUCUGCUCUGUCUCUCUCAGCUCUUGCUUCUGGUUCUGGUCAGGCCCCUGGCCCUGCUGAGUCAGGGCGUGAUUCCGAGCCCCAAUCUUCUGAAAGUCCUUCUGUCUGCUCCUCUCUUCCCUCUCCGGUAGCAGCGCCCAUUUCCACCUCCACCCCGAUUGGACACUGGCCCCCCUCAGGCCAGGGCCAGGCCAGUUCUGAAGAAAUGGCUUCGCUCCUCCAAGCAGACUUGCAAAAGGAGAGUUUAACGCCAGGCCUGGGUGCUGGUUCUUCUGCCCUGGGAUCCCUUUACGAAGAGUCCCAGGCCCCAGUGAAAAGGACAGCAAGUCCUCCUGGGGAGAAGACCCGCGAGGUGGGCCCAGGCGAGAAUGCUGGUCCCACAGAGCUAGGAAGCUCUGUCUUACAGCAGCCCGAGUUGGGACAGCCAGAAGAGGCACUUUGGGAGGCUCCCCCUCUGAAACAAGGCUGCACCCUCUCAGACAAAGAGACCCUCAAGGGGUCAUCUGCGCUCUUGUUGGGCGGUGGCAGAAUUACAGGCUCCAGUGGGGAGCCAGCCACGGUGGGGUCCACAGACCAGGAGGGCCAGCCUGGGCCUUCUGUGGGGAGCAGGGCAGCGUCCCUCCCAGCAGGUGAACCAGACGCCCAGUGGCAGAGGCAGGCAGAGAUGAACCUGCAUGGCGGCCAGGGCCAGGAGAAGGGCCGGAAGCGCGUGUCAUUUUCUGAGCAGCUCUCUAUGGGAGAAGUGGAGAGACCCACCAGACUGGGGAUCGAGGACAGAAGUCACCCCCAGGAGCUGGCACUUGCAGGAGCCUCUGCAGGAUGCACAUCUGGUGCGAAGAAUGCCGAGAGGGAACCCAUCACUGCAGCGGUACCCACAGAGGGCAGCUGCGUGGGCUCCUUUCCCAUGGGACGUUCCUCAGGAGCCCCCACAAGCAAAGCGAGCUCGGCAAGGCACACCCCACUCUUCAGAUCUGAGGAUGCUGAUGCACUUGCAGCUCAGCUACGGGACAAGGCCUGUGAUGACCAGGAAGCCUCGCUGGCCGAGCCCUUAAGCGGCUCUCCCUGCACCUCUGAGGUGAUGCUUCCCCUUGCGGCUGAUAUGAACUUGACCCUUCCCUCCAUCCCUGAGGUGGCAUCAGACGAUGAAAGAGUGGAUCAGCCGGAGCAGGUGACGCCUGCCAAGAGCCUGUUGGACCACAAGCCUCAGGCCCCUUUGGCUCCUCCUGCGCAGGAGGCCGCUGUGCACCCCGGCAGGAGUGCGAGCCGAGACGAGGAGGAGGGAUCGGAGGUGGACGGGGGUCUGGGUCGCCCUUGCUUUCCCGUACCCAGUACCCCGCUCUCUGAGACCUUUCCUGCCGCAUGCUCUGUCCCUGUUGCUCCACACAUUGAUGCUCACCACACCAGGACAGCAGAGUCUCCAAAAAAAGCAGCUGCAGAGGGCUCCUCCAGUAGAGUUGAAAAUUUUGGCAAGAAGAAGCCGCUUCUUCAGGCCUGGGUCCCACCCUCAGAGGCCCAUCCAGUCUCUGCCCGGCCAGGCCCUGGAGCUGGGGCAGCCAAGCACAGACUUCAACCUGUGAAGCCAAUGAACAGCACGGCCAUUAAGAUUGCUAACUCCAGCUUGGGAACUGCCACCAUCAUCAGUGAGCACGUGACCAACGAUCCCAUGAUAAAGAAAUACAGCCCCUCAGACCCUGCCUUUGCCUAUGCCCAGCUGACCCAUGAGGAGCUUAUCCAGUUGGUCCUCAAACAGAAGGAGACCAUCAGCAAGAAAGAGUUUCAGGUCCGCGAGCUGGAGGACUACAUCGACAACCUGCUCGUCAGGGUCAUGGAGGAGACCCCCAACAUUCUCCGCAUCCCAGCUCAGGCUGGCAAAAGAGCAGGCAAGAUGUAAUGGGAACACAGGGCUGGCUGUGCCCACCUGCUCUCCGGAUCAAGGACUUGCUGUGCUGACAUCCGGCCAACAGGCCCAGAUCACCAUCUCUCCUGCGUGUUAUCUCUCAGGAGCCAAUUCCACCAGCCUAAGCCAGGUUAAUUAUUACAAUGCAUUUUGUACUGUACAUUCCCAGGGUUUUAUUUUUAAAUGCCACUGUGCCUUUAACUAGGUUGUAAAUAUUUUAUGCCCACAGGAGACUCUGUCAUAAGAUCUGCCCCUGAGCCAGAGGUUCAGAUGGCAGCAGAUCCAGUAGUGCCUCUGAACCCAGGGACUGUCUUUCUUCAGUGUGGGAUUUUGCAGACAGGUAUCCUCAAGUCUAGGGCCUGGACUACAGUGUAGGGCCAUGGGCCAUGGGCCAUGUGGUGGUGCUGUGAUACUCGAACUCCCCUGGCCUUUGAGUGGCUCAGGUGUUUUGGCUGCUGCAACUUCUGGAUUUUUAUACCAUCUGAGCUUUCCAGGCUUCUCAGAGCUGGUUCUUUUGUCUUUAUUCUUUGAGUAGCUCAGAGUCAUUUAGGGAAAACUUCUGAGCAUGUGUCUUAGCUUCUAAACAAACUUGGUCUUUGUGUUAGGGUUACCAUGUGUUCUCUCUAGAGCUUUUCCCCUGAAGGUGCACAAGGUAGAUGUGGCUUAGAAAGUCACGUCCCUUGGCCGAGGGAAGUUUGGCAAUGUCCCCCCUUUCAUGACAGCAGGAUCCCUGCCGGCUGGACCAGUCUCUUCAGUGCCUUGAUAAGGACCUGAGUGGUCCAGGCUCUCACAGUGCUAGCCUGAGACAUCUUUAGAAGGAUGCCUGUGGCCUUUCCACCUGUGCCUCUCCUUGGCCAGACUGUAGAGGGGGCAAAGCCACUGACUCCUGGAGAUACAGAAAGCUGGCCUGGGAUUCGGCAUAUGUGAGCCCAAGGUUGCAUCCCUGGCACUGCAAAUGAAAACUAAACAAACCAGAAAAAUCCUUUAAUUUUGUUGGCCAGGAGGAAUCACGGGCUUGGAUCCUGAGGGACCUCAUGUAACUUGUCCUCUGAAUGCUGCCUGUCGCUGCCACAGAGAAACUCAGGUUGUGUCCAGGAUGCACGAGAAGUUGUAGUGAAGGCUUCAUUGUGGUUAAUAAAAUUGAGAAUCCAGUAGAAAACAGGAAUGCCUCAGCUUUUCAACAGCUGCUUCAUGAACAGACUCAAGCCUCUUCCCCUCCUUGUUAGAAACUCAGGAAGAGCAAGGCUGGGGCUCACGCAGAGCACCCCUUACACAUGGGAGGCCUGGGCUUGUCCCUGCCAGAUUAUGCCAAGCGAGAAGAUGAUACUUAUUUUUGGACCACUGUAAUUUGAAAAGGAUGCUACACAUAUUUUUUAAGCGGAAGUACCUGCCCCUUUCUUAACUAACAGCACCAUUUCACUCUCGGGGAAUUUCUCUGUGGUCAUCUCCCAGUGUUGCUCAUCUCUUCCCCGGGUUGUAAUAGCAUGGUGGGGUGAGAUGGUGGCAUUUAUUAACCCAGAACCCCUUCUCUGUGUGUCCUUGUUACCUGGAGGGUAAAAGCAGAACAGCGGGCAGCAGAGUCCCUUUUCUGGGCCGAGCUGGCCGCAGCCUUGUCUGUACUGGAGCACUUUAAUCUGAAGGGCAAUAUUGUAACCUACCUGGUCAGUUCUGAAGGACCCACAGCUAUUUUACUUAAUUCUCUCCUGAAGUAGUGGGGGCCACUGUAAACUGCUCAGAUGACUUGUAUUUUUGUAGUGCAGUAAGAAUUACAGACAUGCCUCCAAAGAAAGCUAUGUCUCCACUUGAACUCUGAAAAUGGACAUGUAUAUAUAUUUGUUCCGAAUCUAUUUUUUACUUGAUAGAAGCGUAUUUGUACUGUGAUAACCCAAGUGUGCGGUGGGCAGGUGUGCUGUGAGUGGCACUCUUCCUUCAAAGAGUUGGUGUGCAGCUCUGGAGCCUCCAGGCACCAGGCCUUGGAUGCUGAACUCUGUGGGCCUUGGGGAGGGAAGUCAGGGUGAAGAGUGACUUCCUGUGCCCUAAACUAUCACUUGGGAACUCCAGAGAAUGAAGGACAGUUUAUUUCAGGGGCGUCUGGCUCCCACCACUACUGGAAAACAGUUCAGUUCAUAGCAUUCCUGUCCCUCGCAAAGUAGAUAAUUUGAAGGUCAUUCAGCUAGGGACCGUCCUUGACGACUGCAUUUGGAGGGGGGGAGUGGACUUGAGUGAGGCUUUAGUCCACUGUUGGCCUGAGCAGAGGUUGGUGAGGCAGAGCUGGGAAGCUCCUGUGCCUGGCACCUGCCUGAAGACCUCAAUGCCCAGCCCUGCUGCAGAUGCCAAACCAGCUGACGGGCCAGCAGGGGGCUCUGGGAACAGCACGUUUCUUAGCCUUUCUUGGCCUUGUCUCAUUGCCUUCAGAGAUUGUGCCCCUAACUUGGGAGAACCAUCAGAUUAAACACCAAAGAACUUCAUGCAUGCACACUGUUUCUAAUUGCCUCCUUCUGCAGGCUUUGCUAGGUGUCCCUCCGUCCCCUGUGUACACUGCGUGGGCCACACUGAGGUAGCAGACACUAGGAGCAAGCAGCCCCGUCCUUUUCCAUGCUCAGAAACUGGGCCUGGAGAUGGGACCGUGUGCACACGCCCACAGGAGCGCGGUAUAGCCCUGCGCUUUCCAGCUGUGCUACCUGGGGGAAUUCAGCACCCCAACAGCAGAUGCACACUGUAUGGAAGGCCAGAGACCUGUCAUUGUUAAAUUAUUUGGAGUCUUCCCUCCCUGAGCCUGAGUCCCUUCCCCCAGUUGACCUUUUUGUUUCCUCUUCAGGGCCUCUGUACUGUGCUACACCCACCCCACCCCCAGUCUUCUUUUUUAAGGAGUGCUGAUUAAGUAUCUAUCCCUCAAGCUGAAAAGUCAGUUGCCUUAGAUGGGGAACUUAACGUUUGGUAUCCAUACCAACCUCAGCUCUGGAUUCUGCAUAUUUACUAUGUAAGUUGCUAAAUUGACUUUCCCCUUCCUGUGGUCGAAGGCAUUUUUAUAUUACGGAAUUACUGUUUUCUGCUUUGUGACUUGGGGGUUUUGAAUUUCUCUGGUUUUUGUUUUUAAGAAGUAGCCUAAAUUUUUCUAUAACACUAAAUAAAAUGGUACUACCUUCGAAA